GUGGUCUGGGCCGUGUGCGGAGCCUUCUCCAUCGUGGGCGCGCUGUGCUACGCCGAGCUCGGCACCACCAUCACCAAGUCCGGCGGGGACUACGCCUACAUGCUGGAGGUGUACGGCUCCCUGCCCGCCUUCCUCAAGCUCUGGAUUGAGCUGCUCAUCAUCCGGCCCUCCUCGCAGUACAUCGUGGCUCUGGUGUUCGCCACGUACCUGCUCAAGCCCAUCUUCCCCACCUGCCCCGUGCCCGACGAGGCUGCCAAGCUGGUGGCCUGUCUGUGUGUCCUGCUGCUCACAGCUGUGAACUGCUACAGUGUCAAAGCUGCCACCCGUGUGCAGGACGCCUUUGCUGCGGCCAAGCUGCUGGCGCUGGCUCUCAUCAUCAUCCUGGGCUUCGUGCAGCUGGCAAAGGGUGAUGUGGAAAACCUGACCCCAGAGAGAUCCUUCAAGGGCACCAAGGUGGGCGUUGGGAACAUCGUGCUGGCUCUGUACAGCGGCCUCUUUGCCUAUGGAGGAUGGAAUUACUUGAAUUUUGUGACAGAAGAGAUGAUAAAUCCCUACAGAAACCUGCCCCUGGCUAUCAUCAUCUCCCUGCCUGUCGUCACUCUGGUGUAUGUGCUGACCAACUUGGCUUACUUCACCACGCUGAGCACCGAGCAGAUGCUGACGUCCGAGGCCGUGGCCGUGGAUUUUGGGAACUACCACCUCGGUGUCAUGUCCUGGAUCAUCCCUGUCUUUGUUGGGCUCUCGUGCUUUGGGUCUGUCAAUGGAUCUCUUUUCACCUCUUCCCGGCUGUUCUUCGUGGGAUCCCGAGAGGGGCACCUGCCUUCCAUCCUGUCCAUGAUCCACCCCCGGCUGCUCACCCCCGUGCCGUCCCUCGUGUUCACGUGUGUCAUGACCCUGCUCUAUGCCUUCUCCAACAACAUCUUCUCAGUCAUCAACUUCUUCAGCUUCUUCAACUGGCUGUGUGUGGCCCUGGCCAUCAUCGGGAUGAUGUGGCUGCGCUACAAGAAGCCGGAGCUGGAGAGGCCCAUCAAGGUGAACAUCUGCCUGCCCAUCUUCUUCAUCCUGGCCUGCCUGUUCCUCAUCGCUGUUUCCUUCUGGAUGACGCCCAAGGAAUGCGGGAUUGGCUUUGUCAUCAUCCUCAGUGGGAUCCCCAUUUACUUCUUCGGGGUCUGGUGGCAAAACAAGCCCAAGUGGAUUCUCCAAGCCAUCUUCUCUGCCACCGUCCUGUGCCAGAAGCUGAUGGAAGUGGUUCCUCAGGAAUCCUAGGCAGGAAAAGCAGGGACGCUGAGCUCGAGGAAACGCACAACGUUAUUUUGAGAUGACACAAGGAUCCGACCCCUCACUCCCGAAUCCCAGGCGCCGGAGCUGCCUCCUGCUGCCAGCACGGCCCCAGGGCUCUGCCCACCUCCUGCAGCCCCUGCAGCCCCUCAGACCAGCCAGGAGAAGUCCUUGGUACGAGCAGCAGCCAGGAGGAGGAAUUCCAAAGGGCAAUUCCAGAGGGGUGCUGCCUGUGGCCUCUGUGUGUGUGUGAGGGCUGUGCUUGGCUCUGGGCUCCUUUGCUUUGGCUCUGGGAUCUGCUGGAGCCUGGUUUGAGCGUUCAGAGUGCCUGGGGGGUUCUGAGCUGCCUUACCUGGCCCAGGGGGGUGGGAAGCAGAGCUUGGCUGCUGUUGGCUCGCUCUCCCAGCUCCCAGCCCCAUGGGCAGAGGGACGAGGCAGAGCAGGGUCAGUGGCGUGGGGGGGCCUCACCUGGCUGUCACUGCCUUCCUCCCCCGGGGCCCUGCCACCCUCUGGGCUUGGAUCACCACUCUCAGGUCCAAGCCAGCUCCCUGCUGCUGAGUCCCUUCUCCAGGAUGCUCUUCCCCACAAUGCCCAUCCCUGGGAAUGAGCACUGAGGGGGGAGUUCCUGCUGGGAAACCCCGGAGCUGCAGCCAGCACGAGGCCAAGUCCUUGGCUUGCUCAUUCCAUGCUUUUCUGUGCCAGGCUUACAUCCAGCAUGGGAUGAGCAGCUCUGUGCUCUCUCUCCUCAUGGCCCUGCUCAGGGAGCCGUGUUUGUCCCUGAACCAUCUGCAGAGAGAAGUGAAGGGUGGGGAUUGCCCUGGCACAUUCCCUGGGGUCUCUCCGUGUGCUGCUGUGUUUCCUCUGGAAUGUGCCACAGAGAUGGCACCAGCUGGGUCUGGGGUGUGGAGGAGGGAGAUGUCCUGGCUGGCUGGGGCCACCUGGGGCUGCUGGAGGUCCUGGAAUGGUUGGGUGGGAAGGGACCUCAAAGCUCAUCCCAUCCCACCCCUGCCAU